CGCAGAUAAAAUUAUGGAAACCAACCAAAUUGCAUCAUUUUCCCAUUUCAUUGGCCUUAUAAUCUCUCUCGGACCUAAGUUAUUUACAUCUUGUUUGAGGUUGACUUUCCAUGGCUUCAGCUUCUUCCAGUGCACUAUCAAUCCCUUCCUCAUCCACCCUCGUGGAUGCCAAGGCUCCUCGUCAAACAACCACCGCAUCACCACCGUGUGUGACUCUUCCUACGCUUCCUCCCCCACCGGUUCAGUCCCAAAGUCGUGCCUGGAAGACCACUGCUUACUGUCGCAAGAUUGCUCGGAACGUGAUGGCUAUGGCCACAGGGGAGGCUCUCGCCACCCGUGAAGCUCCAGCGGAACUUGCACCAGUUGAGCUGCCAGAGUUUAUCAAGACAUUACAAGAAACCUGGGACAAAGUUGAGGACAAGUAUGCGGUCAGUACAGUUGCUGUAUCAGGUUUGGUGGCCGUCGUCGGUUCCGCUGGAUUGGUCUCGGCAAUUGAUAGGCUUCCUUUGAUUCCCGGAUUUCUGGAGGCCGUGGGUAUCGGCUACAGUGGGUACUUUGCAUACAAGCACCUUCUUUUCAAGCCAGACAGGGACGCCAUGCUAAAGAAAGUAAAGGAGACAUACAAGGAAAUAAUUGGAAUUAGCUAGAGGAAAAUGCUUAAGAAAAUAAUGCUGUUGAGAUGAGGUGAUGACAUGAAAAUCUGAAGCCCCAUAAUUGCAGCAUCAACAACUGCUCUUUGCUUAUAAACUUUACUUUGUCAGCACAAAAUUCUAACAAAAGUAAAUCAAUGUAUUGUGGUCU